AUGGAAUGUAUUCUUCUUUCUGCAAAUUAUCCUAAUUUAUUUGGACUUGGUAUACAUAAUACUGAAAUGGAGACUGCUUUAUAUCUUUUUACAGAUCAAAAUUGUUUAAUUAAAACAUUUAAAAAUCAGAUUUCAUCACUUGUAAUUGGAACUAAAAAUAGAAUAGGUGUGACAGAUGAUAUGAAUACACUUAUAUUUACAAAUAUAUUAACUAUAUUCUUCAAUUUGAAAUAUUUAAAUUUUGAUCCAUCUUUGAUUUGUUAUCCACCAAUAUCAUUCCAAAAUUCAUUUCCAACUAUUUUCUCUUUAACUUUGCUAGAAUGGCAUGUCAAAGUAACGCAUAUUGACGAUUAUCUUUAUUUACUUGAUGGUCAUUUCAAUCAACUUCGUUCUUUCUAUGUUCAUAUAUUAUUAUUCUCUAUACGUUCUACAUCGAUCAGAUCAGAUCAGAUAGGUGCCUUAUCUGUUACAGACGUUGGCUAA